GAACCCAAGUCAUUCGGAGAGCAGAGAGAGGGAGGAAGGAAGAGGAUGACGACGACGAUGAUGAUGUUGAACUCUGGAGUGGGCACAGUCCUGGCUGUCCCAUGGCGGCCCUCAUGGAGGAUUAUGUGCUUGGCUUCCAAUACGAAUGCAGAGCAGCUACGUGCCCAACUGGAUCAGCUUCACUCAGAGGCUGAGAACGCUAGAGCCAAAGCAAACAAUGCCAGAGGGAGGCUUCUGCGUUUGUCAGAGACAGCUGAGAACCUUAAGCGACAAGCAGCCAUUAAUGUCCGUACAGGGAAGGAAGAUGAUGCAAGGGAGCUGCUCUUUCAGAAGAAGAAGGUCAUGGAAGCUUUGCAGAAGUCAAAGGAUCGCAUUGAAUUUCUUGAUGAACUUUCUAUGAAGCUUAAUGAGGCGAUAUCUAUAAAAGAGAGGCAGCUCAUUGGAAAUGUGGCAUUGGAUCUUGAAGUUGUUCAGGAGGAUUCUAGCCCUGUUCGGAUUGUAUCUCCAACCACAGAAGCUGCCGAAGAUUCUGUUGGUAGCAAAGAAUCUGAAUCUGAUGAGAAGAGUUUUAGUGACAAUCAAGAACUGCUGUCUGGCAUGGAUAGUCAAGCUAGUUUACCUGCUGUUCAAGAUGAGGGGGAUCUUAAAGUUUCUCUGCCAGGGGUCAUCUCAGUUGGUAAUGAGAUUUCAAGCCACUUGAAAGGAAUAACCUCUUUUGGGAGAUUCUUAGAGCAUCUGGAUGAACAACUCAACAAAAUCGAAGAAGAAAUUGCCACUGUUGUAAGGUUCUCAACCUUGAUACUAAACAAUGAGGAGAAAACAAAAAACUUUAAGGUGCAACAAGCACAAAAUCUUCUUGAGAGCAUCCAUGAAAUCAGGCAAAGAGUUGCCAAUAUAAAGCAGGCUGAGGCAGAGACUAGAUGAAGCUGUACUUCUUCAGUUUCCAGUUUUUUUUCUACCCGAUGAGUAUUUUCGUUAAGCAUAAACUAUUAGUGUAUGCUAAUUGCAAGCCUAUCAGGUGCUAUUAAGCAUAAACUAUUAGUAUUCCCAAGCUUAUCAGUUGUAGAAAAGGAAAUAGCAUUUCCAAUGAGUGGCUAAAUUGGGCAAAAAAAAGGCGUGUAUUUACAAUGAAACAUAUCAGCCAUUUUCUGCUUCAGUUCCACGACCAUCAGAAAAGUGUUCCUUAUUAACUUUAUGUGUUCUUCCUUGAAGGUUACCUUUGUGUGGUGUAGCAACUAUAUUGUCAUAUAUUUCUAUUUACCAACCAAAAUUACUCCUA